CUUUAUGCAAACUGAUUAGAUUAAAAUCUGCAUUACUUAUAAAUAUAAAUACUGGACAAUUUUCUAAUAGCAACCAUAGUGGGUUAAAACCAGUAACAAAAAUGAAGUUGACUCUUGCAUUGCUGUUCGUUUCUUUGGCAUACACAGCCAUUGCUGUGCCCAUUGACGAAGCAGUUAUCACCAAAGAGAAUGCUGUGGAGCCGACUGGAGACAUUCCUGAAGGAGGCCGUGACAAUGUGGAAUUACAUUUAGAUGGUGAAGUUGAUGAAGAACUAUUGCAAGGCAUCGCUGAACGUAACUUGUACUUGCUGUUCACUAGACGUAACCCUACUUCCGCGCAGACUUUGGCCAUCAACAAUGCUGCAACCAUAAAAACUUCCAACUUUAAUCCCAAUCAUCGUACUGUUGUGAUAGCGCACGGCUGGCUUAGCAAUCAGAACACAGGCCUCAAUGAACUAAUCAGGGAUGCGUACCUCGGCACAGAUGAAACCAACGUAAUCAUCCUUGAAUAUAGGCGACUGGCCAUGGCCAACUAUGUUACUGCAGUACGCGGUAUCCCUGUGGUUGGCAAGGGCUUAGGACAAUUUAUCCGUUACCUCAUUGGUGUCACUGGAGCAAGAUACGAGGACAUCCACUUAGUCGGAUUUAGCUUGGGUGCUCAUCUAGUUGGCAACGCUGGAAGAGAGCUUUUCGGAAGAGUUAGUCGUAUUACUGGUCUUGACCCUGCUGGUCCUCUAUGGGUCUUAAAUUCGAAUCGCUUAAGAGCUAGCGACGCCAGAUAUGUGGAGGUUAUCCACACAAAUGGUGCUUACACUGGUCUGGGUAUCGGCACGUCCAUUGGUCACGCUGACUUUUACCCCAACGGUGGUAGCUCCCAGCCUGGCUGCUUGACAUACAUCUGCGACCACAACCGUGCCUGGGAGUUGUUUGCUGCGACUGUUUCGUACAACCAUCUUAUUGGAAGAAAAUGCUCAAACUCUGUCCAGAUCACCCUUAAUACGUGCCGUGGAGCUACCUUCCCCAUGGGCAAUCAUAUUGUGGACAAAUUCGGAUUAGGAGAAUACCGAGUCAACACCAACAGGCGAUACCCUUUCUAAGUAAUUCAAAGGAGCAAGACUUAGGACCAAAUGAUAAAAUAAAUAUAUAUGAAUUAUA